CGACGGAAUUCAAGUUUUGAAGGAUGGGUAAAGACUUCCGUUAUUAUUUCCAGCACCCCUGGUCUCGCCUGAUUGUGGCUUACUUGGUGAUCUUCUUUAACUUCUUAAUAUUUGCGGAGGACCCAGUUUCUCAUAGCCAAACAGAAGCCAAUGUUAUUGUUGUUGGAAACUGUUUUUCAUUUGUAACCAAUAAAUACCCCAGAGGAGUUAGCUGGAGGCUUCUGAAGGUGCUACUAUGGCUACUCGCCAUUCUCAUAGGACUAAUAGCUGGCAAAUUUCUCUUCCACAAGCGUUUGUUUGAAAGAAAAUCAAGCCUGUCAGUUACUCAUGUCAAUUUUCAGAAUUAUCCUGUAGAAUUAAGGACAUGAGACAUUGCCGAAGCUUGGGGAGCAUGAGUAAUUGCAGAUGAAUGCCAGCUCCUUAGGGGCGUGAAAUGCCUAAAGAAAAGUUAUGUUGCUGUGUUUCGGUUAGUGGUGCUUGAAACUGGGUGCAGGGGUCCUUGAAGUCUUGCCCACAGACCUAGAGACUACUUUUCUUUCACCCUUUUCCCACUGAGACAGAGCAGUGUGACCGCUUGCUGCUACACUUUCUCAAAGCGAUUGCAUUUCACUUCUCUCAUAAACACAUCUUGUAAAAGAAA